AUGAUACAGUUGGUGACCGCUUAAAAACUGCAGUUGUCGAUAUAUGCACGCUUGUCUCUACCAGUCCUUUUCAAAUCGGGAGAACGCAAGUUGCAGGAGAACAAACUAGUGUCACCAUCGGUAAUGCUUUUAUUGAUUAAUUUUACCCACUUUAUCAAUUUGGAUUUGCUUUCUGUCUUCGGAGGAGCUGACUCACAGACCGAUGACUGCAUACUAACUGCUUACAGCAAGUGGGAUCAGGUUCAGGAAGUGCUGGGCCACCCAAUGGAAAAGCCUGUUGUGCUUCCUAGUGUCACCAUGAAAAAGAAAAAUCUAGUUGACAAGUCCUCGUCUGCCAACAACCCCUUUGGCUCUACAUUUUGCUUUGGACUGCAGAGGAUGAUUUUUGAGGUGAUGCAGAAUAACCACAUAGCAUCAGUGACGCUCUAUGGUGCUCCACUGACCACCAGUGAAGCCCAACCAGAGGCCGGUUGCAGUAGCUCCCACUGAACCAGAAACCCGACAUUGCAUUCCACUCUGGCUUAUUUUCAGCACCGUUGAAAUCAAGCAAGCCACAAAAACAACACAGCAUUAAAAUCACAAAUGGCAACAGUUCCAUUUGUUGGCCUUCUGGCUUGAAAGAAUUGCAAUGUCCUGCCAUUGUGGAAAAACUGCUGUGGUCAAAGUCAAACACGAGAGAAACUUGGCUUGAUCUUCGGAAUCAUCAUCAUCAACCAACUGCACUGCCAACCGGCAGAUGACGCCUGUCAAAUAAAAAAAAGGAAAACGGAAGACGCCAAUCAAACCAGAAAGAACCAUCGGAUGCUACAGAGGACUGAUACACCAAAAGCUGUCUAAUCCAAAAGUUAUUUGAAAAGUAAAGGACUAAAACAUUCAUUGGCCAGGCCACAUGCGACGCCUCUUAAAGCAGAACCAUUGCUUUGCCAACGUUGCUUCCCUUGUCACUCCCAAUACGCCCAUAAAUGAUCCCCCGCACGAAUUAGCCUGCCGAAUCAUCUCCUAUCAAAUCAACAAAGCACACAUAUUACUUGCCAAGUGAGUUCAAAGUUCAGCGUUUUUCAGUUCAUUAACAUCCAAGAUUAUUUUCAUUGUGUGAUGAGGAUAUUUAUCCCCCACCCCCACCCCGUCCAUAAAAAAUAAAUAAACAAUAUGGAUGUGACAAACAUUUGUAAAGUAAAUUUUUUUUUUGCAUGUUACAGGGCAUUAUUAAACCAUCAAAAGUGCCGUUAAAGGGAUAACACAAACAGUAAUUCAAAGUCAGUGACUCAGAAACAAACAUGCCAAAACCACAAGAACAUACAAAAUAAAAAAUUCUCAUAAAUCACCAUCCGCAGUCACAUGGUUUUAUUCAAAAUCUUUCCUCCAGAUUUUAAUCAUGAGUGACAAACACUCCCUCUUCUUCAUAGUCAGACUCCCCCUCGCCUUUUAAAUCGCCUGUUCUCCACCUGAAGGAUCCUGAUGUCAGUCUGGACCUGUUGUGACAGCUCAGUUUGGGGUCAUGCAACAAGUUCCACAUGAGCCAGAUCUGGGGCACAUUGAGGCUAUGAACCACCAUGAGCUCCCGGUAAAAACACGGGUCGAACGUCUGGAGGUGAGGCGCUGCUGAUGGACGCGGAAUGCCAAAGGUCCGAAAACCUUGGUGGCGCGAUGGCUUGAUUCCGAUCAGCUGGAGGCACAUUCCCAGAAAUACGUCAUCGAUGGGGAACAGCUCCACCUGGAAUUCAUGAGAAAAUAUCAACGUGAAAGAAAAGACCAAAAAGAUGACUGGACUUUGUAGCGAGUGGCAAAUACUUGUUGACAGGAGGCGCUGAGUCUCCGUGCUGUAUAGCCAGACAUGACGAAGCCCCCUCCCCCGGCAUAAGAUGGGUACAAAGCGCUACCGUAGACAAACUCUGGCACGUAGUACUUGGAAGUGCGGCGCCGAAUGGGUUUGGCGUUGACGAUUAUAUCCCCAAUAAAAAGAUCUUCAUUUGACUUUUCACUUUGAAGCAUCUCCAGUAUGUUCUCGACAUUCACAUAAACAUCAGCAUCCCCCUUGAAGAUGAACCUAGAUGACAGUGACAGACGAUAAAUGACGAUGACUGCGUCUUGCUUGGCUUAGGUAAAUCUCACGCUCACUUGACUCGAGGACAGGUGCGGUUGAUCCAUUCUAGAAAGUGAGUUUCUUUCAGCGUCAAGUUGAAAAAGGUGUCUUCAAAGUCCCACAGCAGAAUGUCCCCAAAGGUUUGACUCUCGUAGGUCAGCAGCUGAUCCCACAGAGGCAAGGCUGUGCGAUUCUUAGGGACCCCCAACAGGAAGACAGUGCGGAUAGACCUGCCUUCUUUACCCCAGGUCUUACGUACCAC